UCAGCUCUUGGAGACAACAUGAACCCAGUUGGGAGGAAUGGUAUGAUUGUUAUUGGCGUUGGAGCCACAGUCGGUGCAGGUUUGAUAGCGUUUCUGAUAUACCGAGAGCUGAACAGGAGAAGACGGCUAGUCUGGACUGGCUCCGGAGCACCUGUCGUCAGCAGUGGUACAGUUACCGGUUCAGCACUGAACACACCAGUUACUCGAACACUCAAUCAGCAAGAGGCUGCAGUGCUGUUAGGUGCCGGCGUUGAAUGCCUGUCCUCUGAGCAGCAUGCGGAGUUGCGUAACGGGCUGGAUGAAGUUUUACAGUGUGUGUCAGGCCUUCGUACCGAGGUGGCUGAGCUCCACGGCAUUCUCAGAGACAUCGGCACAACAAUCAUCGAGGACGUAAAGAAGUGUGUUGAGGAGAGUCAGAGGUCACGCCGUCGGCGUAAUGUGUACCCACGGGAGCGGACAGACUCCAUGAGCUCCAGUUCCAUCUAUUUCAGUGCCAGUGCAGGUCCAGCCAGUCUGUACGGAGAGGAGAGUGAGGCUGGAUACUCCACAGCCAAUGCUGACUCUGACUACACCGACCGAGAGACAGAUCGAGAGGAGGAGCGGCAGGAGAGUAAGGAUGAGGACGAUGAAGAUGAAGAUGAAGAUCGGAGCUGUGCAACGGUGCUGACUCUGAGACAGGAGGACUCUCAGGCUGAGGAGGAGGAAGAGGAGGAAGAGGAAGAUGAAAUUGAUGGUCAGGGGACAGAGGUCAUCACUGAGGUGCCCAGUGCAGAGCUGAUGUCACUGCUCAGACAGAGUGACACACUGCAUGAAGGGGAUUAUGGGAAAAAAGCAGAAGGAUUCCAGCUUCUCCACUCCAACAAACCACUGUAUGGCAAUAGUGCAGAGUUUCUAUGGCGACUGGCACGAGCUUACAGUGAUAUGUAUGAAAGCACAGAGAAUAAGGAGGAGAAGAGAGCCUAUGCUGAGCAAGGGCGGAUUGAAGCAGAGUCAGCUCUCCAGAAGAAUGGUCUGAGCGCAGAGUGUCACAAAUGGUUUGCUGUGCUAACCGGUCUCAAUUCUCAGUAUGAGAGUCUCCAUGGAAAACUGAAGAGUAGCCACACUAUGAAGGAGCAUUUGGACCGGGCCAUAGCUCUGAGAGAUGAUGAUCCACUGUGUUUUUACCUGACGGGACGCUGGUGCUAUGAGGUGAGCACCCUGGGUUGGUUGGAGAAGAAAGCUGCUGCAGCAUUGUUUGAGACCCCACCCACCUCCUCACUGCACGAGGCUUUGGAGAACUUUCUCAAGGCAGAGGAGCUGAACCCAGGUUUCUCUAAAACAGUGAGACUGUACAUUGCCAAGUGUCAUAAGGAUCUUGGAAAUAUCUCAGAGGCCACAAACUGGGCCCAGCUUGCUUUGAGAAUGCCCAGUGCUCCCAGUGAGGAAAAUGACACCGUUGCACUCAAGGCGGAGCUACAGGCUUUGACUGACAGGUCAUUAGACACAUUUCUAUCCAGUGGGGAUCAAUAGGGCAGCUUUGCACAUGCCACCCUGAACAGGUCUGCUCCGAUUGGUCCACCUGAGUGACUCCGCCCGCUAUUUCUGACACUUUAUGGAAAUGUUCGGACCAGUGACUUUACCCAGUAAAAGUUGACCUCACUGUACACUCUUAAACAGAACUGUUAGCAACAGUUUAAAAACACAAAUACCUGAGAGAAACUGACCAACUGAAUCUGAAUGGAGUUUGUUCAGUGACACUUUAUUCCAGAGUUUUGAGUUUAAUUACUCUUUUUUUUUAAAUUUAAU